AAUUUGACAUUAGUAGAAUAGGAAUAGAAAAAUUAUGAUAUCGUAGUUUAUUUUUCGAGAACUCUUACAUUUGACAGUUGAUGUAUAAUUUGAAUUUGAAUAAAUGUUUAUUGAAGUUGAUUGAGAUUUAAAAGUGUAGACGCACAGCUUAAUUGUACAGGAGCGUAUUUAGAAAUAAUUUUUAAGGGAAUUAAUUAAUUUGUUUUACAUUUCCAGGCAUACUAGUAAAAUUUGUUUGAUAAGAAUCAAAGUGACCACUAAAAAAACAAAGGCGUUCAGAGCCAUAUUUAUAAGUUUUAACCUAAAAAAAUAUCGAAAGCACUGAUCCGGGGGAGGCGAUCAUACCCCUUAAAUACGCCCUUGCAUAACAUACUGAAUAUUCUCAAUGUUGGUCGAGUAGUAAUGGGGAGCUUUAUUUCGAUCAAAAAAUACUAUGUGCGUAACUCGAAUAAUUCACUUGAACAAUAUGGUGAAAUACAUUCAUUAAGAAUAAAUAAACGUAAUCAAAAUAUGAGAUGUGUUUUUAAUGCUAAAAUAAUUUAUUUUUCUUUUAACUCAACUACCCCUUGUAUUUACUGUAAACUGACUUUUUGAUAUAACAAAAUAGAUUAUAACAUUCUAUGCUCAAAACGAAUAAAUUUAGCUGUAAAUAUACUCAACCAUUGCCUACCCGCAUGAUGAUGAACGGCGUUUUAAAUGAGCCGCCUCUCGGUCCCACACGUCAACCCUCUGUCAGUAAUAGCACGUAAGUGAUUGGAGAGGGGCGGAGUAAUCGCAGUGGCUAACCGCAGCGGCACGUCCUCCGAUAAAACCCACCCGGUUGCUACACACCCCUAACGUACAACAAAGGAGCAAUGGUACGAGUGCGCAGAGCAACCGAGUAAAAACGUGGAAACGGUAAAAACAGAACGGACGAUUUAAAUUUAACUUGAUUUUGUCUUGUAAUAAAAUAUAUGAAUAUUACACAUGGUACUUGACGAGGUCACAAAAAGUUUCCGCGACAAGGGAAGUUCUUGUUCCGAGUACUGGAGACUAGCAGAAGCCGAUAACGGAUGUUCCGUCGUGGACACCUCAAGACAACGCUGACCAAGCCGAGUGGUCUAUGGACGGUGUGCGCCAAGGCGACUGGCGGCUCCUGCGGCCACGGUGUGGGCGGCGUUUGGGGAUACCCCCGGUAGACUGAAGAAAACGCGACCGACCGACGCACGAUAGAUCCAUGCUGCCACGGCAGUGUGUCACAGCCCGUUGACGUCACCGCCGGUGUUGAGCGCCGCAUGUGAGUGUGCGUGUGUGCUGGCGCGUCCGCUCGUGUGUACGUACAAUACGUGAAUGCGUGUGAGUGUCCGCGUGUAGACCGCGGAGGGGAGUCCGUUGCGGCGUUGGCGAUACAUGAAUGAACCCCCGUUGCCUUGAGCCGGUCCUACCUUCGGUACGGGAGAUCGCCAUUGGUCAACCGGCGGCCGGGUGGAAAACCCACGGUAGGAAUCCGGGUGGGGGUUUCGGCGGGCCGCCCUUACGAUGACGGCGGCACUGUUGCCGCUGCCGUUGCUCCUGCUCCUGCCGCCGCCGCCCGGUCCACACCGUCGUGACUUAAAUGUCCACCGGAGUCAGGUGGCUAUCUCAGUUGAUCGUUUUUGGUCGACGGUAUACCGCAGCGGUCAUCAUCACCGCUCACGAUCAUACACACGCGUUCAUAGUUGCAAGUGCGUAUUGCGACAGCAGACUGUAUUUUUGAAAAUUAUCGUACUUCACACGACCGUCAUCGACAAUCUCUCGCCGCUAACCGUCGAGUGUACACUACAUUUUUGUCGCAUUAUUCGUCGCACCGGUUCGCUGGCGGAACUUCGAUAACAGUAAAAUUUGUAUUAUUACCAAGUGAAGUGUCGUCGGCACACACGAUCGCUGUGCACAAUUACUUAAAAAGUUUACACUCGUUUUCUAUUUGAUUAAUGUUAUUAUUUUUUCGCGUAAUCGAUAAAUAAACAUUUUUAAUUAUUAUCAACGUACAAUGGACACUUUGGAAGCGGUAUGCGUGGAUUGCUACCGCGAACACUGUCGGCGUCAAACCGAGCCCCGGACCGUUCGCGGUCGUCGGAGAUUCGCCCCCAACUACAACGGAAGAUACAAUCGGCUUUUCAUCGCUGGUUCGUUCGUCAUCGGUCUGAUCUUAGUACCCUGCACCAUGCCAGCUCCCAUACCGUCGUCACUGCAUUCCCAUCAGUCUUCCGACGAGUCGUCCAGUCAACCGUCGGGCACGCCGUUUUGGUACAACCCUUGCGGCAUGCAAAUGAUGGACGACAUGAACUGCGGUCCCGGCAGCAAUUGCAACGGCGGCGGUUCCGGUAGCGGAGGCGGAAGCGGCAUGGGAGGCCAUGACAUGAUAGACUCGGACCCCAGACGGUUGGUGGACGUCAUCGAUGGCGUGGCCGUGUCCGCCAGCAACGCACUGAUGCACGCCGAACAGUUUGCCGGAUCAUUCGUCAGCGAAACGUUCCACGUAGACGUUAAACAACACCACGACGUAUGGAAAGAUACGUCUCUGGUGUGGUUGCAACAAGCCGAAUACAUGCCCAAGGAACUAGACGUGCCCCUGGACGAGCCGUACCUGGACAGCCUUACGCUCAAGGACGUACUGCACGCCGUCAACGUGGGCAUGCAAAAUUUGGCGGUCGGUCUAGAACAAGUGUCCUGGGACCAGGACAGGGACCGCCUGCCGUACUCCAAGGAUUUCAAAGAGGCCACAUUCAAGCUAAGAGCUGUCUUGUGCGAGAUAUCGGUGGCCAUCAUUGAAAUAAACGAGACGGCGACGCCGCCCGUAUCGCGAGACAUCAUGCCGGCCGAAUCGAGAUCAUCGGCGGACAAUCGGUCGCUGAGGGACUGGCUAAUUCUUCGGGAGUACAUCACCAGCCUUCAGUAUAUCAUUCAAGUGUUCGAAUUCCUGAAAACGAAAAAAUAAUGUCGCCCAGUUCCUACCGGACGCCAACGUAACAACGGCAGCUACCAAAUCGUCACCGGCCACCGCAAUCGAAAUCAAACUACCUAUUCGCGGUUAGGUAAUCGAGUCAUCAAAAACCACCGAGGUCAUGUCAGGGCCCAACUAUUUAUUAAUAAUGUUUUAGUGUUUUCCACGACGAUUAUUAUCGAUACUUAAUUAUUAUUAUUGUAAUUAAUUAAAAUCGUCAUGUCUUACUGUGCAUACGAAACCUAUUAAGUUUUCAUCCUCCUUUUUCGUCGUCGUCGUUUUUAUUUAUUUAUUUAUUUAUUAUUAAUUUCAUUUUUAUCGUUGAGUAUUUAUUUAUUUACACUUAUAUCGAACGUGUUUUAGUUUAAAUGAUUUUUAAACGAUCUAUUAAUUAUUAUUAUUAUUAUUAUUAUUUUGGUACACCGAACGGUUACCCGCACUGUUAUAUACGUUGUAUAUGUUUAUUGAAUUGUUUUUUUUUUUUUUUAUACUCGUAACGUAAAAUCAAAAUAUUAUAAUUAAUAUUAUUCUAGUUUUGUUAAACUCUAUAUACAGUCAUAGUUGUUAUUAUUAUUAAGUAUUAUUUUUAAUUGUAGUCUAAUCAAAUUCCUCUGUCUUUUUUUUCACUUCUUUUUUAUCUUUUUCUUUGCUCGGUCUUCGUCGAAGCCAUUUAUUUAUAUGUAAAUACUAUUUGUUGUAUCGCGAUCGAGAUACCCUUCUAAACAUGUUCGCCUUUUGUAAGUAUUGUCUGUGAUAUUUUAAUUGCCUAUAAACAUUUAUAAUAAUGACGGUUAUUAUUAUAUAUUAUAAUAAUUAUAAUUACUAUUAUUAAACUAUUAUACUAUUACACACUCUACACGUGCGUUUUG